AUGCCUCGUAUGGAUAUGUGGACUUGUUGCCCCGCAAGAUGCCGAUGUUUGCGUUCGUGCCCUUUGCAAGAUAGAGGACAACCUUCAAACCAGCUAAAGGAGCUUGCUGCUGAAGUUCAGCACUUUCUCGUCAUUCGUCAGGAUGCCGCACGUCAACGUCGUGGAUUCGCAAAAGAGUCGAAAUCACGCUCUGGACACAAGCGAGGAUUCUGCAAAAAUUUUCCGGAGAAGAAGAAUCGGAAUGCGAAACGAAAGCGGAAGUCUGCCAACACAGUCACUAUAGCUUCGACUCGUGCUGACGUCGCUGUAAACCGCAUCUACCGUAGAGUACAGAUUGAUGGGAAGACAGUACGCAUGCGCCUUGAUACUGGAGCAGACGUAACAUUACUGAGCACUGCAGACUGGACCGCCAUGGGUCGACCGAAGCUGCAAUGCAUUGAACUGAAGUCUGCCAACAACGAACCGAUCAACGUUCGUGGAUGCUACGAAUGCAACUUCAUUAUUGACGGUCAUCUAGGAUAUGGUACUUGCCAUGUAGCCGACACGCCAUCGCUGUUGGGCUUAGAUUGGAUCGCCCAACACGAGCCACUGUUCCGUCACUUGACAGAAGGCUCCAUCUGCAACAUCUCUUCAAGGACGCUCAGCACCUUGAAUUCUUCUCUCGCAACGCUCCUGAGGAAGAAGUUCCCAGCAGUCUUCGUUCUGGACUGGGAUGUUGCUCGCCCGGUGCCCUAUGCUGCUAUGCCAAGGAUUUCAACCGAAAUCGAUCGGCUUGUGUCUAUACAUGUGCUGGAGCCCGUUGAUCACUCAGAAUGGGCAGCACCCAUCGUCGUCGUUCAGAAGAAAAAUGGAUCGAUCCGCCUCUGUGCAGACUACUCAACCGGACUGAACGAUCUCGGCUUGGCCGAAGCAUAUCUCCAACUGGAAGUGGACGACGUCUCAAAACAGCUCCUCACUAUCAACACGCACCGUGGACUGUAUCGCUUCAAGCGACUACCAUUUAGAGUGAAACCAGCUCCUGGUAUAUUCCAACAAUGUAUGGAUGCUCUUAUCGCUGGAUUAAAUGGAACUGCCGCCUAUCUCGACGACAUAUUGGUUACUGGUAGAACCAUCGGCGAACACAAUGCCCGACUAGAGGCUGUACUCAAGCGGAUUCAAGACUACGGAUUCCGCGUUCGACUCGACAAAUGUGCUUUCAUGCAGACGGAGAUCACUCACCUUGGGUUUGUCAUCAACGCACAAGGUCCUGGAAAGAUCAAAGCUAUCCAGAAGAUGCCCGCUCUAAAAGACGUAAGUCAACUUCGCUCUUUUCUGGGACUCAUCAAUUUCUAUGGAAACUUCGUCAAGGAUCUCCAGAAUCUACGCGCUCCUUUGGACGCUCUUACGAAGAAGGAUGUUGUCUACACAUGGACACUGGAGUGCCAGUCUUCUUUCGACAAGAUUAAGGCAAUCCUAAGCUCGGAUCUCCUGUUGACCCACUUUGACCCAAGUCUCCCGAUCAUCGUUGCUCAUGCUUCAAAUUACGGAAUGGGAGCAACCCUCUCACAUCGCUUUGCAAAUGGAUGCGAGAAGGUUAUUUAUCACGUAAGCCGUUGCCUGACACAACCACAGAAGAACUACAGCCAGAUUGAAAAGGAAGCACUCGCCCUCAUUUUCGCCGUGCAGAAGUUCCUUCGUUUCAUCCAUGGACGACAUUUCACGCUGAGGACCGACCACAAACCACCUUCGGCAAUCUUCGGAAGCAAGAAAGGAGUUCCAGUCUACAGUGCCAACCGUCUUCAGCGAUGGGGCACGACGCUGCUCAACUACAGCUUUACUGUCGAGUACAUCAAUACAAAGGAUUUCGGCCAAGUGGACGCUCUUUCACUCCUCGUCACUAUCAUCGAUACCGGAGGACUACGUAAUCGCUUCAAUAGAUGCUGA